CUGCCCGUCGUUCAAAAUAGGUGUACUGCCGAUAGUAUAGAUUAGUUUUCUUAUCAGUUUUGCGUUUCGAGUAGAGUAGUAUUCCCAUUGUGACCUAUACAAUCAACUUUUCAUCAUAUCCAUAAUGAAUUCAGCUCGAACUCGAGGUGAUGGUAUGGAAACAGAGCCUUUGUCAGCAACUAAUUUGACACCGCAAAGCAAAGCUUCGUGCAGCAGUAAUGAGAUUAAGCUGCCAACCGAUUUGGACUUGCAUCGUUUGUUACCUCACUCCGGUGCGAAUCCGGUCUAUCGACCAACUGAAUUGGCUACAACCGGAAGUACCUCACUGGCUCCAAUAGUACCGAAGGGCGCUAUUUUCAAUUUGGUGCCAAAAUUGGUUUCAAACAUCAACAGAACCGGCAGUAAUUUACGAAGCAAGGAACCUCGUUUUGUCCCGUUCGAACCCUAUAAGGGAGCUGUCAACCCGAUUAUACCAUACAAAAACAACGAAAACCGAAUAAAAAUAAGUGAUCGCAACAACCUCGACUUGAACGUACUCGUAUCGCAAAUGUCCACAAUCACUAACAAAGAGCUGAAAGGAGACAGCACAAAAGAGGAGCUCAAUGCUGAUAAGCAGAAGUAUGAAAAACAGAUUGAAGAUUUGAAAAAGGAGCGAGAUUACUAUCAGGGUCAGCUCAAAUUUCAAGCGCAGGUAAACUCUGAAUUGAAGAACCUGUUAGUGGCUGCGGUUGGUGAGGAUUUACAAACAAAAGUCAAUGUUCUAACCGAAGACAAACUACACUUGGCACGUAAGUUGUUAAACUCUGCGGAAAAUCUUUCCUCACACACAGAACAAAUUGAGUUCCUAGCCGGCCAGAGUGAGGUAUGGCGAAGCAAGUUCCUCGCCAGUAGCCUAAUGGUCGAAGAAUUGGCUCGCUGGAAAACUAGUCUGCUACAGAAAAACUCUUUACUACUAACUUCCAAUAAGGAACUGCUAGAGGUAACCUGUAAGCUGCGCGAAAUGCAGAGCGAUAUUCUACGAAAUCUAAAAUUUCUGGCAAAUCAGAAAGAUGUUGCUCUGAAAUCGUCCAACGUGCUAGAGCUGACGGCGGAAAGCGUCAACAUUUCCGAACAAUUAGUGCUAGCCCAUCCGGCGCUGGGAAUGCCGGAAGCGCUCGACUUCACGGGGCUGGACCCGCUCUGUGCGGCAGAAAAAUUGGCCAUCCAGGCGCUGCAGCAUUCGAACGAACCGCUGAUGAGCACUGACGAAGCGUUUCGUGCGAUUGUCGGACAAGCAUUUCCUGCGAUUCCCUCGAUGAAACCGUACGUUAAUCGAUUGGAAUCGGCCGCAAGUCAGCAGCAGCAGCAGUUACAAGCUGAAGGAUUUGAACUGGUGGAAGCGGACGCGAUCGAUGGAACCGCCGCUAUCGAAUGAACAGCCCAUUACCGAUUUGAAAUAUGGACGAAUUUUUAUCAUUAUGAAAGGCAACUUGUUUGGACUAGCAAUAAAAGCAAUAUCCUGUAAGAAAAGGCGCGUGACAUUCUUAU